AGAAGCGCUCAAUAUCUUAACAAUCCGCUGUUCCCUUCAUUUCAAGUUUCUACGAGUAAUAAAUAGUUGCACUCUUUCGUUUAUUUCCCUUCUUUCUUUUCUUAUACUCCUAUAUUGAAUUAAAACUGCUCCAAAUAGUUUCCACAUUCUCCCAGAGAUCUGAUCCUUAGAACCAAAAUGGAGCAUGAAGACAGCUACCAGCUAGUUUCAGAGCCAAAAUAUGAAUGCCUUCUCUUUGAUGUUGAUGAUACACUUUAUCCACUGAGCUCCGGUCUUUCAGCGCAAUGCACGAAGAAUAUCAUUGAUUAUAUGGUUGAAAAGCUUGGCAUAGAUGAGGCUAAAGUUCCAGAAAUGUGUGUAAGCUUAUAUAAGGAAUAUGGAACAACCAUGGCUGGUCUCAGGGCCAUUGGUUAUGACUUUGACUAUGAUGACUACCAUAGUUUUGUACAUGGGAGAUUACCUUAUGAACUUUUGAAGACUGACCACGUUUUGAGGAAUCUUUUGCAUAGCUUGCCUGUCCGGAAAGUUAUAUUUUCAAAUGCGAAUGAAGCCCAUGUGGCAAAAGUUCUAAGCAGGCUGGGAUUGGAGGACUGCUUUGAUGAUAUCAUAUGCUUUGAGACUGUGAAUCCUACUCGCAACAGCAGUGUUGCACAAGACAAUAUCAAUGGCGAAUCUGCUAAGACUCUGGUUGUUUGCAAACCCUUCGAAGAAGCCUAUGAACAAGCCUUUAAAAUAGCCAAUAUUAACCCUCAGAAGACGCUAUUCUUUGAUGACUCGGUCCGUAACCUUCAGACUGCUAAGCUCAUGGGCCUUCAUACGGUUUGGGUGGGAGCCUCACAUAGAACAAAAGGUAUAGAUUAUGCACUAGAGAGCAUUCACAACAUGAAGGAAGCAUUACCUGAGUUAUGGGAAGAUGUUAAACCAGAUGUUCGCAUCUCAGAAAAGACUGCUAUUGAAGUGAGAGUUUAGCUGGGUGUAAUCUCACAAUAAAGAUUACCAAAUACUAGUACUAGUAUUUAUUUAAUUUCUUUUCCUUCUCUAGUUUCCUCCUUUGCCUGUUAACAUGAAUAACAGUAGUCAUUGAUUUCAUCCCCUAACUGUAUUAUUAUUGCUUAGUGGAUGUGAAAUCUUUAAUGUGACUGUAAAAGCUUCUCUAUAAAAGUAAGUGUUGGCAUGUAAAUUCGCUGAUGGCUGUUGAAACUCGUUGAGUUGAAAGUAUUUGGUUAUUUCUCUUUUCUA